AUGUUGGUGGGAAAACUCAUCAACCUAUCCCAUACUAAACCCGAUAUUUCAUAUGCUAUUAGGGUAGUUAGUAGAUUCAUGCAUCUCCCACAAGUACCACAUAUGGAUGUAGUAAUGAGGAUUCUUAAAUAUUUGAUGGGUACUAGUAGUAGAGGGGUCUUCUUUAGGAAAAAUGGUCACUUCAAUCUUAUGGCUUACAUAGAUGCAGAUUGGGCAGGUGAUCGGGAUAUUAGAAAGUUUACCUUAGGGUACUUUACUCUGGUAGGAGGGAACCUAGUCACAAAGAGAAGUAAGAAUCAGAAGGUAGUAGCUCUAUUAAGUCUCGAGGAAGAGUUUAGAGGAAUAGCCAAAGGAAUAACAGAGAUUUUAUGGCUCAUGAAACUCUUGUUUGAAUUGAAAUUCCCUACAAAGGAAGCUUGUAAACUAUUCUUGUAA